ACCCACUGACGCCAUAGACCGCCGUAUGAUACUGGCACAUUGUGCCCCUCAAGUCCAUGAGAAUUCCCUUCCUUCGUCUUGUUUCUCAUAUCUCCUUGCGUCUCAGUUCAAAACCUGUCUCACUGCCUCAACUCGCUCUCGGAACUUGUCGAUACAGUAAUCAAAGAAACUUCACCGUGACGAUGGCUGCAAGGAAAGUUGACGAACAAGCAGAUAUUCACAAGAUGAAGACGGAGCCAGACGGAUCUUUCAAGAGGAAGCCUUCAGUGUUUAGGAACUUUAUUGAGAAAGGGGGAACGUUUGCGCCUGAGAAAGGACGUUACCACCUUUAUGUUUCAUAUGCCUGUCCUUGGGCUACAAGAACGCUGAUUACGAGGAAGCUCAAGGGUUUAGAAGACUUUAUUGAUGUAACUGUUGUUUCACCACGAAUGGGUUCGGAGGGCUGGCCUCUUGGCGAUGUGGACGAAUUCCCUGGUGCGACCCCCGAUCCCCUAUUCGGUGCGAAACACAUCAAGGAUCUGUACCUCAGGGUUAAUCCUGAUUAUGAUGGACGGUUCACUGUCCCCGUCUUGUGGGACAAGAAGACGAACGCGAUCGUCAACAACGAAAGUUCCGAGAUCAUUCGCAUGUUCAAUACCGCUUUCGAUGACCAGUUGCCCGCAGACAAGGCUUCUGUUGAUAUUUAUCCCGAACCUCUCCGGGCUCAGAUUGACGAGGUCAAUGAGUGGGUGUACGACACCGUCAACAAUGGCGUAUACAAAUCCGGUUUUGCCAGUACUCAGCAGGCCUACGAAACUGCAGUCGUCGCUCUUUUCGAGUCCCUUGAUAAACUCGAGGAGAUGCUGCAGGGUAAGGACUACUUGAUUGGCGACAGAUUGACAGAAGCAGAUAUCAGGUUGUUCGUCACUAUCGUACGUUUCGACCCAGUAUACGUCGGUCACUUCAAGUGCAACAUCCGCACGAUCAGGGAUGGGUACCCUGCCAUCCAUCUCUGGCUUCGAAAGCUUUAUUGGAACAUACCCGCAUUCAAGGAGACCUGUAAUUUUGAUCACAUCAAGACGCAUUAUUACUGGUCCCAUACUCACAUCAACCCCAAGCGAAUUGUCCCAGUUGGCCCUAUCCCGAAUAUCUUCCCGCUGUGAUUCUGGAGGAACUUUGCACAAAUUGAAUCAAUGACUUGUAUCGCUAGUAUAAAUGCAGAUGUUGUAUUGUAUCAAGUAAGAACGUUGAGGUAGUGUUGCCGGAAAGAAAGAGCUGAAAUUGGACUCAAACAAACGAUCGGACUUCGGCUAUCACUAUCUUCUGCCAGUGUAACGUAAUAACACAUCCUUGCCCGCAACCACCACUUGAACCACUACGACCUUCAAAUUUUCUGUUCUCUUUGGUUCGUUUAGUGACUCUUCCUCCUCCUGCUUCCUUUGACUCAAUCUGACUCAAUACCUGAUCUUGGAGACAUGAAAAAUGACAGCGAACGGGUCAUAAGCAUUUGACUUAACAUGUCUAUCCUAGUGCUCACCUCUUUCACUUAAUGGAUGUUUUCCCA